AUGUCAGAGCAUACUAUUGAAAUGAAUGUUCUAAAAGUUCAAGUUGAAGGCUAUCCUGCACUUGCAGCUCUCCAGGGCACUUACCCCCAGCUAGGCAUAUACCGGCGGUUUGCGACACUUAAUGCACGAAACCUUCUAUACCUACAAGCCGAGCUUGUCAAUCUGGAACGCGACCUCGAGGAAUACACGGAGAAAGACUGCAGAUCUGAAGAUGCUAGGAGGAGGCUUUGCAACAAGAAUUGGCAUUAUUUAAGCAAGAAAGAACAAGGCUUAGCAGGCUCGCAGUGGCACACGAUGUUGAGAAUCAAGGAGAAACUGAAGGAGUAUAGUAAGGAUGGUUCCGAAAUCCCCAGAGAAGUUUAAUUGCUUACUUGCUCGAAUACAGAUGACUGUCUCUUGCAGCAGCGUCAACUUACAUCCUUCCAUGAGCCUGAAGCGGGAAACCUUGAGUUUUUGAACGAAUGGCUUCGCGACCCCAGACACGGAAAAAGUGCACUUGAAGGCCUAGAUAGACAAGUCUGGAAAGAUGGUCGGGAUCUACUUGUGGCCAAGCCUGAUGGCCUGGCGGACGAUUCUUUAACACGGAUACUGCGCAAAUACCUAACCUUUCCAUUCCAUAUAUUAUGGAGCCGAUAUCGCAGCCCGGUUGAUGUGGAAAACGGGAUAUACAAAUACGAUGAGGAGGCCGUGAUUAGACUGGCUAAUGUGAUAGGGAUGGCUGUAUCGGCAUUAUUGCCAGUAUUGGCCGUUGUGGUGUUAUAUUUUGUUCACGACAUGCUAAAGCGACUCGCUAUGGUGGCCAUGUUUACAGUUAUAUUCUCACUCGCACUGAUGGCGACGACAAAGGCCAGAAGGAUUGAGAUCUUUGCUGCGACUGCUGCGUUAGUAAUACGCUUUCUCUGUCGAAUCACAGCUAACAUCUUGAGUUUAUAGGUUUGCAAGUGUACAAGUGGUUUUUAUCGGUAGUUCUUCUACCUAA